AUGUACAACAAAUUGUUGGUUUUCGGUGGUAAUGGGUUUCUAGGUAAAAGAAUUUGCCAAGAAGCUGUUACUAGAGGUUUUCAAGUUACCUCUGUAUCAAGAUCAGGUAUUGCUCCUGAAGCUCCUACUCCAAGUGAUUCUCACUGGAUUAGGGAAGUCAAAUGGGAAAGUUGCGAUAUUUUUAAACCUGAUUCAUAUUAUCAUUUACUAUCAGAGAAUCCAAAUAUCGUUCACUCUGUAGGUAUCUUAUUCGAAAAUGAUAUCUACAAAAAAAUUAUAAGAGGCUCUUUCUCUGAAUUUUUAAAGUAUUUGCAGAAUCAUAAACCUUCAUUGGAUAAAAACCCAUUGAUCGAUCGUGAUCCAAAUAUGACUUAUGAAAUGGUUAACAAAAAAAGUGCUCUAAUUUUGGCAGACGCAUUCUCUGAAAUUCUACAAAAACAACACAGUGGUAGAUUGCUAAAUGAAAAGGCAUCUCCUACUUUUACUUACAUCUCCGCUGAUCGUGGGUUCCCAUUGGUUCCUGAUGCCUACAUAAAUUCAAAAAGAGAUACUGAAUCUGAAUUGAAAAACUAUAAUGAUGUCUUUAGAAGUAUCAUUAUGAGACCAGGUUUCAUGUAUGAUGAAUAUUCUAACAAUGCCGACCCUAGUUAUUUGAUUAGAAGAGGUAUCGAAGCUAUGAAUUGUGCUAACCACGUAGUAUUCAAUAAUAAAUUCGAUUUCAUCAACAAUCAAGUCAGACCUGCCGUUUCAGCUCAACAAGUAAGUAAAUCGGUUAUGGAUCACAUAGUUGACAAGAAUUACAACGGUGUCGUCAGUUUAGAAGAAAUUACUAAGAAUUGA